AUGAAAAAUGGGAUUAAUGCUAUUUCUGAAGUAUAUGGUUUACCUGGGAUUCAUGAAUGUAUUAACGGUCAAAUACCCCUAAGGCCAGUAAUUGACAUCGAUGCAUCUAGCGAGAAUAUGGAAACAAACAAAGUCAAUUCUAGAGAUGUAUUUAUUCGUAUUUGUUUUUCCUUUGUACGAGCACUAUACAAAAUUCUCGAUUGUAGUUGGGAAGAAAUUCUCGAAGGAUUAGUAAUUAUGACAUUUUCCAAUUCUAGCAAAUGUAGCUAUCAUCUUUUAUAUGCCCCAGCCCUUCUAAUUGAUUAUCGAGAACUCAAAGAAUUUACGGAAUUGGUAUACAAAUUAACAGGAGGAAAGUACGGCAAGUUUAUUGAUCAAGGAUUACCUGGGCAAAAUUUCAAUCUCCGCCUUAUUGGUUCUGCAAAAAAAG